AAAGUAUGUUCAGAAACUCGUGGACUUUUCUAUUUAGAUGCUCCGUCAGCAUCUGUGUGUCUACUAAUCCAAUUAGAGAAGCCUGCAACAGAAAAAGGGGACUCCUUCUGUUUAUUCAUGUAAAGAACCUGUGAUUAGAAUUCAAUGUUUUGGUACGUCUAGUAGGAAGGGAUGUUUAUUUCUCAGAAAUAUUAAUUGACUGGAGUUUGGUGAACGUUGACAUUUUAAAAGAUGAGAAAACAAAGCAAUAAAAAAACCUGGUGAUGCAGCUGUUGUGCAUUUGAACUUAAAUUGUUACAUUGCAUGCUAAGUGUUCUCAUUUUAGUGAAGAGAUGAUUAGGAAAGUCUAUAAAUAAUUUAAACUAUGUCAGUUGAGAAUUGUUGCAUGUGUGAGACAACAUAGUUUUGGCUAUUGGAAUAUGAGGGUGCACUUGACUGAGAGAGAAAGGCAGAAACUGCAGGUGUGGUCUCGAAUUAUGCCUUACAGAGAGUCCUUCGCCUGGCUUAUUGUUCCUUUAUUUGAUAAUAGCAUUGGUGGAGCUUCUGGUGGAUCUGCUUCUCCUAGUAGCAGUCUUGCUGCCAGCAUGUCUGGGUCUAGUUCCCAUGAGGGUGUCCUUGAGUCUGUUGCAAAGAUUACAUUAGAUGGGAAGAUGGGUUAUUCAAGCAGAAGCUCUAUUGUUGUUGAAAUAUCUAACUUGCAUAAAGUGAAAGAAAGCUAUAUUGAGGAGUCACUUCAGCUGGAAAAUAUUUCAGAAAGUGCCAGCAUGACCAAUGAAUCUAUGGACCUCGGGGAUCAAGUUACUGAUGCAAUGUUCAUUAAGAGCCCCAACAAUGGUUCUGAUGGGCCUCAGAGUAGCAAUUCCAAGCGGAUUCCUAAUGAUGAGAAAAAAGAAUCUGGAAAUGGAAACACUCAUGGAAAUCCGGAUCUCAAUGUUGGUGAUGCAAGCAGAAUGCCUUUCGUCCUCUUUGUUAUGCUGUUUUUCUGCUGGGAGCAAUAUCCAGAUGAGACUUUUCUGUGCUCCAGAAGCAACCCUUAAUCAUCUUUCAAAUCAUCUCCUGUUAUCCCUUAGUUGAUGCAUGUGAAAGAGCAGAAGCAUUCUUUCUGUGCCUCUUGAUCCCAAUUCCAUAUGUCAAGGGGCAUUUAAAUGAUGAGAAUUGCUUUUUAAAGUAAAGUUGAUGUACUUGAAUUCUAUUCAAUUAGUCAUUAUUUUUCGACUUGCUUGAAAAUUUAGCUGAGGUUAAUCGUGGAAGUUGCUUUCCAGUCAUAUGCUACAUGUGGUGUAAUGAUCUUUAUAUGGAUGUUACUUGUCCAAGCAACUUCUCUCAUGAAGAGUUAUAUGUGUUGGUGCUCGGGUGGCCUGCUACCAUGAUGAAAUUAAAGUCUCUCUCCCUGCAGUUUGGACACCAUUGCAUCACCUUAUAUUCACUUUCUUCCAUGUUGAUCUUCAAAUGAAAUUAGAAGCUCCAAAACCAGUGAGUUCAAUGAGAUCCCUUUUUCUUUUCCUUCCAUUUGAAAUAAUACAAAAUCAUCUGAACCUCGUCUUAGUGGUUGUAUACUCGUUGGUUAGUGAUUUGGCCUGUUUCGCACUCCUUUCAUUCUAUCUUUUAUUGCAAUCCUAAGUAGUUCUGUUCUUUUACUUGGCAGGUAGUAAUUGGAUAUGCAGCACUUCCAUUAUCCACCCAUGCACAGUAUGGAACUGCCUUUGUGUUUGUCAUCUUUUGUUUUGUUUCUUUCCUUGAUGAUGUAUUAACUUACAUUAUUUGUUCUGCUACUGGAGUGAUUGGUAUGGUAGUUCAUGGUAUUGGAAAUAAACAGGGGGCAGAAAU